AGAAACAAAUACACAAUCUACUUUGAGAAACUGAGACACUGAAAUAAAACCAGGUGUCACCUAGUUAGUGGCAUUCCAGUCACCUCGUACGUAAUACAAACCAUGAACCAGUCCACCUGGGUUGAGUGGAAGGCUCUGAAUAUGAGCACCAGCAUUGCGAAUGUAUCUGAGCAUCAGUCCUGCCCUUUUGGAUUUGGACACUACAGUGCCAUUGACAUCUGCAUUGUUGAGACUAUUAUUAUUGUCAUACUCACAUUUUUGAUUAUCGCUGGUAACUUGACAGUCAUUUUUGUCUUUCACUGUGCUCCGCUAUUACAUCACUACACCACCAGCUAUUUUAUUCAGACAAUGGCAUAUGCUGAUCUUUUUGUUGGUAUUAGCUGCUUGGUUCCUACCUUGUCAUUGCUUCACUACUCUACAGGUGUCCAUGAGUCCUUGGCUUGCCAGGUUUUUGGAUAUGUCAUCUCUGUACUGAAAAGCGUUUCUAUGGCCUGCCUUGCUUUCAUCAGUGUGGAUCGCUAUCUCGCUAUCACGAAGCCACUCUCCUACAACCAGUUGGUCACACCUUGCCGAUUGAGGAUUUGCAUCAUUUUGAUCUGGCUUUAUUCCUGCCUAAUCUUCUUGCCUUCCUUUUUUGGCUGGGGGAAGCCUGGUUAUCACGGAGACAUUUUUGAGUGGUGUGCAACCUCCUGGCUCACCAACGUUUAUUUCACUGGCUUCAUUGUGUGCUUGCUGUAUGCACCAGCGGCCUUCAUCAUCUGUUUUACAUACUUUCACAUAUUCAAAAUCUGCCAGCAGCAUACCAAAGAAAUAAAUGACAGGAGAGCUCGUUUUCCUAGUCACGAAGUGGAUCCUGCUGCAGAAACAGGGCAUACGCCAGACCGCCGCUAUGCCAUGGUUUUGUUUCGUAUAACCAGUGUGUUCUAUGCACUCUGGCUCCCCUACAUCAUCUACUUUGUGCUAGAGAGCUCAGGGGUGCUGGAAAACCCAACGCUUUCUUUCUUAACAACGUGGCUUGCGAUAAGCAAUAGUUUCUGUAACUGUGUUAUAUAUAGUCUGUCAAACAGUGUUUUCAGGCUGGGACUUUGGAGACUGUCAGAGACAAUAUGUUCGUCUUGUAGACGUAAACAAGACAGCAUUGUCCAAGACCCACUUCCUAGAAAACGGGCUAAUUCCUGCUCCAUCUAAGGAGGACAUAGAUGGUCAAUCAAAUGCAAUCUAGCACAUGGGCAAGGUUGCAUUUCACCCGUUAGAAUAUUGCAGAAUAGGAAUUAAACAAAUACUUAUUCACUGUAAAAAUUCAUUGGUUGAAAGGCAACUGGUAUGAAAACAUGUUGCAUUGAGGAAGGGUUCUGGAAGAAUGCUGAAAUGGUCAGAAGUGAUGAAAAGUGUCUGUGUGAAUGAGUCACUAGUAAGUGCAAGGAGCAGCUUCCAGUAAAAUGCACUUAUUAGUUCACAGCUGAAAAGUAACUUUAUUAUGAAUAGCAAAAUGGUCACAUAUUAUAUAUGUGGAUGAAUAUGUUGUUAUCUGUCGUAGUAAGAUAAAUCUUGUUUAAGACAGUUAGUGAUGAUUUAUCAAUUAUGUUUUUAGCAGGUACAAAAUAAAUGUUUAU